AAAACAUCUUAAUAAAGAAUUGCCAAAUGCUAAUUGAACGUCAAGGUGAAUAAGCAAAUUGACACGACGACGGUUUGACAUUUUGGACUUUGGAGGACUGGAACGAAGAAAAUAAUGGUUGCCGAAGCUCGUAUUUUUUAAUUUUCCCAAUAGUUAGAAGACGAUGGGGAACUGUGAUAAAAUAAAACAGCAUUCAAACAUAAAAGAACUUGAAUGAGAGCGUAGAAAUUAUGGCACGGUGCUCGCAAACCUCAUAUGAGUUUAUUCAAGGAGCGUACAGUCCUGUGAUAGCCGUGUUGUGCACGGAAGAUGCCGAGCUUGUUUGCCAAAAAAAUAACCUGAAAUUUGUUGAACUUUUACGUCCUUUUUCACAGUUGACUAGCGAAGCACAUAUUCGUGAUCCAUUGAACUUAACCCACCCAGUGAAAGGAUGGAAACUUCGAUUUGUAGAACUGUCCGCUCCUGCCCCAUCAAAAGAUGCCGUCAAUAAACUUUUAGCUGACGUUGUUUCAAGGAAUCAUGGACCUGAGAGAAAUGACUCAAUGUCAGUUGAAGAACAAAAGAAAGCAUCCGCGCCAUGGUUUGAAGCUUUUCGUGAUUGUUUUAUUCAAACUCUCAAACCAUCUAAUCAUGAAUUUAUUCGUCAUUUUUUGGGCUGUUUAUUUGUAGUUUCGUCAAACAAUGAUGAUCCUUUAAAUGCUUUUCAUUCUCUGAGUGAAGCUUUAGAUAUUCAGCAAACAUCAGAUGGUGCUAAUUCUAGAUGGUUUGCCGCAAACAUUUUUAAAUAUUACCUAAUGAUACAUGAUGUCACCAACGGCGUCCAGAAUAAGGCAGAAGGAAUAUAUCAGAGUAUGAAGUCAUAUUAUGGUUCAAGUAUUUGUCAUUUGUUGAUGAUCAAUUCCCGAAGUGUGGAACAAAAUAGUUUACAUCUUCCAGAUCCAUGGUCACAGUUCAAAAUACCAACAAACACAAAGAAAUUGGACACGGUUAAGGAUGAAAUUGAUUCAAAAGGUCAAACAGAAACAAAAGAAAAUAAUCUGGCUUUUAAUGAAAAUUGCGUUUCGUCCUUGUCUUUUUCAAAGAACAACAUGCAGUCAGAAUUUAUGGGUCCAUUAUCAUUUGAGAAUGAAAUUAACCAAGAGCCUGAACAUUUGUAUGAAAAUAAUGUUGAUGGUGAAGAAAUCAACAAGGGUACAACACAUCUCUAUGGAACAUUAAUGAAUCGAGCAAAGAGUAACAGUGAACAACGUGGAACAUGUCUGACACUUAGUGAUCAUGAUAGGAUAAAAAUUUUCAUUCAUGAGCUGGCCAUUCGAGGAUUGAUCCCAUUUAUCGAGAAAACAAUGAGGUCUUUGUAUGAUCAGAUAAAUGCGCGCAAAGGCUUGCAUAAAUCUUUUUUUAAUGUCACAAAGAAAUGGUUUAGUGGUGGCAAAACUCCUGGACAAAUAAAUUCCAGUCAUAUUCCUGGUAUAAUCUAUGAGAACGAUUCAGCAGAACUUUUAUGGCGUAAGCUCGGUGAUCUAGCAUUUCUUGUUCAAAACUACGAACUGGCGUACAAUUCAUAUCAUUCCGCGAAACGGGACUUCAACGCGAAUCACGCGUGGUUGUAUUUUGCUGGCGCAUUGGAAAUGGCAUCCAUCUCUGCGUUUAUGUGCGACAGUCAAAGACAAUACCUCUCCCUUUACAUGGAAACUUCAGUCUCGACGUAUUUGGAUACCUGUCGACUACAUCAAUAUGCAACAAGAGCAACUCUUUUUGGUGUCGAAGCCUUUAAAAUUAAAGGGAAGUAUUUGGAGGCUGCGUUGGCGCUGCUCAAAAUGACGGGAGAGGAAUCCGAUCUUCUUAGUGCCAUUCUGUUAGAACAGGCUGCACAUUGCUUUCUAAGAACUCAGCCAUCUCGUGUUCGUAAAUACGCCUUCAAUAUGAUAUUAGCUGGUCAUCGUUACAGCAAGGCUAAUCAGAGAAAGCACGCCUUACGAUGCUACAAGCAGUCAAUGUUUGUAUAUAACAGCAAAUCUUGGCGAAUGGCAGAGGAUCACAUUUACUUCAUAAUUGGACGUCAGUCGUGUAAUACUAAUCAAAUCGAUGAAGCAUUGUCUGCGUACCGAAUGCUCUUGGUUGGAGAAAGUCUUCAAUCGCCCGAACAACAAGUAUCAUAUUUAAAAGAAUAUCUUUCAGUCUUUCAGCAAUCAAGUAAGAAAACGUCCCGAGAAUCAUUGCCUAUUUUACCGCUUCCUACUCUUCACCAGAACUCUAUUCGUAUAUUAUUCGCUUACAAACCAUCACCCACACCUCCCCCCCAACAUGUUGGCACUGUGAGACCGCUGCUUGAGCAGGCUCAUGUUGACAACAAUGCUGAAAAGCAUCGUGAAAUUGGACUGCAUUCGUUUCAAGACAUAGAGAAUGUGGAUUUUGCUUGUUGGGAGAAAAUCGAGUUGGAGACGUUUGAAAGAGUCAAUCAACGGCAGGCGACGUCAAGCUUUCGCCAUUUUACACCAUGUUUGACAAACACUACAAAAAACGCAUUGAAACCUCGUGCCGUCAUAAACGAAACGAUUGCUGUUGAAGUCGUUUUAAACUCUCUACGGAUACCGUUGACCUUGUAUAACAUGACGUUGCUGUGGACAUUUACCGAUGAAGAAAGUGAUAAGGAUGACCCUGUCGGGAAUGAGUUUGCAAUGAAUGAUGAUCUUGUGAAUGCUGAAGUUAUUAAAGAAUUUACAAUCGCUGACAAAGAAACUAAACCAGCUUUAUUGUGUUCACCUCGAAAAAUUGGACAUGUUCAAAUUACUGGAAUAAAGUACAGUCUGAGUGGUAAUGCUCCUGUUGAUACCGCUGAUCAACUGAACGCAUUUCGUGUCACUGGAAAGCUUGACAUUAAUGUUUGUGGUCCAAGGUUGAAUGGUAGCAAAGUUGAGCGUUCAUCAGUAAUGUACGGUGAAGACAAUCGUCUGAACAUUGUUGUGGUGAAAGCUAUGCCACGUCUCAAGGUAACGUUUUCCAGUUUUCCAAGCUCUUUGCUUUGUGGUGAACUACAUCAGUUAAAUGUAUGCGUGGCAAAUGAAGGCGAAGCUCCGUUACACAAACUUCAUGUGGCGUCUACGAGUGACAACCUAUUUGCGUUCGAUGCAGAUUGCAACAAAGAUGUCAAAGUUGCAGAAUUUCAGAAGAAACAACUUUGUCGAAGUGUUAAACGUGUCUCAGAAAUCAAACUUCCAAAUGAUUGCUUGAAUCCAGGUGAUCAAACAGAAUACCAUAUGUGGCUGCAAGGAUCUCAGAAGUCUGGCACGACUGAAGAGAAGCUUUUGUUUUACUAUGAGUCAGCUGAAGAGAAUCCUAGUCUGUGUCAUAGAACUGUUCGUCACCAGUCCUCUAUAAAGACAGAAAACUCCUCUGUUCGAGCCACGGCGAAAAGAUGUAAAAUAAAACUUGACAUCGACAACUCGGCGGAGUGUAAGGAUACUACGGAGGAUAAAGAUGAGUUGGUCGUUACUUUGGAAGUUGAAAACUUGUCCCGGACUGAAGCGCAGCAUCGUACGUUCUCAGUUUAUCAAGUUUCGUGCAUUAGCAAAAAAUGGAUUUUAAAACCUUUAAGUCAUCACAGUAAAGAUGGAGUCAUAACCAUCAAUAGAGGCGAAACUGUCAUAACUUAUUUCAAGGCGGUGAGAAGACUAAAUGUUUCAGAUUAUUCAAUAAAUCAUGUUACCUUUACUGAUAAAGAGACAGACAUUUCAAGCGUUCCUCACUGGGAGUUUCUAUGCAAAUCAAGACCUUGGAAAGAACUCAUUGAAUCUGAGGACAUGGCUAAUUGUGGAAUAAAUGUUGACCUGGGUCUUGUUGUGUUAUGGGAGUCAUCGUUCAUUGAUUCUCAUCUAUCCAAACAUUCAAUACACGGUCAAAGCGAAGUUGCUGUUGUUACCUUAGCAGAAUCAAUAUCAGCUCCUGCUUCUGUUCAGUUGACGAGUCCUAACUUUAUUUCAAAUCCAACCACGAAACAAGAAACAGAGGGCAAUACUGAACUUUACAUCAAGUAUUUCAUUGAAUGUCCAAGCAUUGUUGUUCUUGCAAGAAGGUUUUGUCGUGUGACAGUAAAUGUAAUAUUUCAUAACUGUACUCAACUCAAUCUCAAAGCGUUUUUCGAAUUGCUGGAGGCUGAAAGGGAUGAAGCCAUUCUUAAAAAAAGUUCUGAAAAAUAUUCAGAGACUAGUAAGCCUUCCAGUGGUCAUUCUUUCCAAUAUAACAAGGUAUUUCAUUGGAUAGGAAAAAGAUCUAGACAGUUAAAUUUACUACCUCUACAAACCAUGAAGCUGACGUUUUUUGCUAAAGUUUUUCAAACUGGUAUUUUCAAUUUAAAUGCUUGCUGUUUGAUGGUAUCAAAUGGUGCCAACCAAUUGAUGGUAGAGCAAAAACCACCCCCUCCAUGUAUACUUCAUGUUACCAACACCAAGGAGAACGUCGAGAGCUCCGCUUUAGAACUACCGAGAACAAGGAAUUGUUUCUCGAUUGUGAAAUGGUACAUAGAUAGCACAUUUGUUACUCAAUUAAGAUAAAUAUUGGCUUUGUUAGGAAUUAUUUUCUGCUAAAUGUGCAUAAUGGUAUGUCAGUGCCAACGACUUGGUAUACUUCAUGACUUACUUCAUGCUAUUGACAAAUGAUGGCACACUUUUAUCAAUUAUUGAUGGCCAAUUUUACUAACUAUAAAGUAAUCGCUGCUUGAGAUUCUUAAAGAAAAGCGUUAACAACAUCAGCUUAA